GCCACCACCGGGGCCUUCGUGGUGUGUCUUCGCUGUCAUCAUGCUCCCCCCCUCCACCUUGAAGACCCUCUUCACCAUCUGCAUCUUCACUGCCUUCCAGCUCACCACUGUGGAGUGCUAUGAAUGUACGAGCUGCUCCAUAGGAGAAUGCGUCUUCAACCCAUCCACCUGUAAAACUUCCAAAGCCUGCUUCAGCCGCAGGCAGGAACUUACAACCUCAGGGGUGCUCUCUGGCUUGGCCCAGGAGAAAGGCUGUUCUUCAGGAAGCUGUACUCCACUGGCCUUCUCGGCGACCCUGGGGGAAAAGUACGCUUUCAGCUACGACCACCGAUGCUGCCAAAGCAAGCAGUGUAACAAGGAGGACAUCGCCUUGUCCCGGGAUUCAAAACCCAAUGGCAUUGAAUGCCCUGCUUGCUUCACUGACGAUGACCCGAUCUGUGACCCAGACCCCUUGAAGUGCAGAGGGGCAGAAACCAAGUGUGUGGUGGUGACCGGCAAAGGCACAGACAGCAGCGCCCGCUCCCGAGAGCUAUUUGGCAUGGGCUGUGCGACUGAAUCUGCCUGCAACUUGGAUAUGACUGUGAUGGGUGCUGUCAAGAUCCGUACGAAGUGCAAGGCUACCAGCAGCGGGAGCCCGGCCCUGACACCCAUCACCUCAGCCAUGCUGGCUAGUCUCUUCCUGCUAAAAGUCUUGCUUUGAUGGUCCGGGCACAGGAAAGCCACACAUCUACAAACCUGAACGUGUCGGAGCCCUUGGAUAGUUCCCUUCCCCUCAGCAUUUACCUAAAAUGCCAGGAUUAAAAAAUAGGCAUUUCCAUACACAUGGGUGUAAUUUCCCAUCUGUGGCUAAUUUAGAAAGUCCCCUCUUCCUAGUGCUCGCUCGUCAGCCCUAGGUGCACAUGGCCGAGGAGGCUGGCAAAGGUAUCUCUGGAUCCCACCCUUGUCACAGCCCGCGUCCUCAGCCACCCCUUGGCCCCCAUGGUCAAGGGGAUGAUUCUGAAUGAACAAUUCACAGCUCCGAAGGGUCCUUUUCCUCAGUUUAUAAAGGCUCAGGUACAGCUAAGCACCUCCCUCUCGGCCACCUCAGAACGCGCGCGUAGAUUUGUGCCAUGUACCGUGGAUUCCUGUGCUUCCAAGAACGAAUGGCCAGUAGGAUUCAAGAAGAAGGCCCUUGAGGUAGUUCUGAGCCCCAAGAUGCAAGUAAAGGGACCCCCGAGAACCACUGUGUGCACACACGUGGCUCUGG